ACCGACCGACCGACCGACAGACGGACCCAACAACUGACGGACCGACCGAGCCCUGUGUUGUUUUUCCGGCUCACUUUGCCCGCAGAUGAUGGCUCGCUGUCGGACGCUUUGGACCGGGAUCCUCGCUCUCCUGACUGCCGGUGUUCCAGAUGUUCACAGUCUCAGCCACCUGAGCUCCAACCUGUGUAAGUGGUGCGAGGCGACCAGUCCACUGUGCAAUGACAACGUCUGCCUCAGCAACUGCAACCUAACGUCCUUCUGCAACGCCGUGGACGAAAUCUGCAUCGCCAUGUGGAGGAAGAACAACAACACGAUGACGGUGCACACAUUAUGUCAUAACCCUGCCCUGCCACUAGAGGGCGUGGACCCCCGCCUGCUGCUGAACUUCACCUCCAGGGAGUGUCACAUGGUCCCGCAGCCGGCCCAGGACGGAGCCAUGAUGGUCUGCGGUUGCCACGGAGAACACGAGUGCAACGACAAACUCAUCUUCGACAAGGGAGCUCACGGAUUCUCCAAGCUGCAGAGUAAAGAUGUGAUCCCGGUGGUGGUGGUAAGUUUGGUGCCUCCUGUCCUGGUUGCCAUAGUCGCCACCACAGCCUUCUACUUCUACCGCACACACCGCCCGCACAAACCGGGUCCUCCCGCUCGCCCGGCCUGGCCCACCAAACGCACCCCGGAGCUGUACCAGGCCUUCGACCUGCCAUGUGGCGGCCUGGGGGCUCGGGGAGAGGGCGGAGGAGGAGGCGGCAUGAUCGGUCCUGGAGGCCAAACGGGGGAGUCCAACACCAAGUCUCCCAACGACGAAAUGACGGACUGGCAGGGGCAGCCGGCAGAACUGCUGCCGAUAAAGCUGGAGGUUCUGGUGGGGAAAGGUCGCUUCGCUGAAGUGUGGAGGGCGAGCCUGCUGCAGGGGGUGACGGGCGGAGUUAACAGUUACGAAACAGUGGCGGUGAAGGUGUUCCCGGCUGUGGAGUAUGCCUCGUGGAGAAACGAGUGCUCCAUCUACUCCGACGCAAAGCUGGAACAUGACAACGUGGUCCGAUUCCUCGCGGCGGAGGAAAGGGGCACGCGUGGCCACCCGCUCAGGAAGUACUGGCUGGUUUUGGCCUAUCACAGCCUCGGGAACCUGCAGGACUUCCUCACGGAAAACAUCCUCAGCUGGGAGGAACUUGUUGCCAUGGCAGGCAGCAUUGCCAGAGGGGUAGCUCAUCUCCAUAGUGACACAACGCCCAGUGGGAUACCAAAGGUGCCGGUUGCCCAUCGGGACAUAAAGAGCAGCAACAUCGUGGUGAAGAGCAGGACGGAGUGCGCCCUGUGUGACUUUGGUCUGGCAUUACGACUCGAGCUCUCGCUCACCGUCGAUGACUACGCCAACAGUGGACAGGUCGGGACAGCUCGCUACAUGGCCCCGGAGGUGCUGGAGUCCCGGGUGAACCUGGAGGACCUGGAGGCCUUUAAACAGAUGGAUGUCUACUCCAUGGCGCUGGUGCACUGGGAGAUGGCGUCUCGCUGCCACGCCAUCGGGGAGGUGAAGAACUACGAGCCGGCCUUUGGCUCCAAAGUGUGCGAGCAGCCGUGUGUGGACAGCAUGAGAGACCUGGUGCUGAGGGACCGAGGACGGCCUGACAUCCCGUCAACGUGGACACAACACCAGGGGAUGAGCGUCUUCUGCUCCACCGUCACCGAGUGCUGGGACCACGACCCCGAGGCCCGGCUCACGGCGCACUGCGUGGUGGAGCGCUACAACGUCCUGCAGCAGGAAGCUGACGAAGACAACCGCCGAGACAACCACGGAGACAACCACGGAGAGAGAGAAAAGGACUCAGAGACGCAGGACAUUGCUGCUUCCUCUUCCCUUCCCUCCCUCCACACUCCCCAGUCGGUCUCACGGACGGGUGCUGCCGAGUAGGGUUGGGUACCGAAACUCGGUGCCAACGGUAGUAACAAGACCGAAUAAGAACGAAAAUUUCGGUGCC